CUUAUUGUGUGUUUGUAUUUAAAAUAAAAUAAAAACCAAAACUAAAUUUAAAUACAUAAACUUUUACAUGUUUUAGUUUUAAUGGACCAGUUUUAAUGACACACCUGUGCAUGAACCAGUUUUAACCAGUCUGCGCCAUGUCUCACAGUACCUAUAACACACUCUGGACUGAAGCUCAGGAGGAACUGGAUGACCUUUUAGGCCAGGAGCUUCCCUCAGCACCCCCGCGCCCGGAGAAAGACCGCAUGGUGUUCUUCCAGCGUCUCACCAACCUCUACGUGCGCUACGUCCAGAUCUUCAGGAAGCUGGAAGAGGCGUACGAUCAGAUCGUUCACCCGCAGAAGAGAAGGCUGAUCCGGAGCGUGCUGGACGGCGUGAUGGGACGAGUCCUUGAGCUCAAAAACGAGAUGGUGGAGAAGGAUUUCUCCGAGUACCAUUACAUGGACGACGUCAUCCAGGAUUUAAAAAUGACCCCCGAGGACCUGGAGAUACCCAUCCCACGGUAUUUCAUCAGCGAGAAGAGCAAAGUCCUGGAGGAGCGAAGACAAAUGCUGGAAAAUGUGCUCAGCCAGAUGGGAAUCAGAGACAAACCAAAAGCCACUGGGGUGCGCACCUUGAGCCUGGAGGAGGCCGUUAAAACGAUUCAGGUGUCUGAGCGGGCGCGGCAGGGUCGCUUGAGGGCGAAGUUCAUGCAGGAGAUCCAGAAGGACGAAGAGAGGCAACGGAGGCACAAGGAAAAGGACCCCGACGCGAUUACGGCUAACGAGGCUGCAAUUCGAAUUCAGAAGGUCUGGAAAGGUUUUAAUCAGAGGAAGAAAACAAAGCGGGAACGUGAGGAGGAAAUGAUUUUUCUGGGCAUGGUCAUGGAACCCAGCCUCACCCAGCCUUCAGCUGCCACGGAGCUCACCAGAGCCGGUAAAGCCCUGAGGAGGGUCAGACAAGAGGAACACAAGGAGGAAUACCAAAACGCUCAGAUCUCCAUCACAAAGAGCCUGAGAGAAAUGGAGGGUCCUGAUAUGAAGGAAACCAUGAAGGAUCAGAUCAGACAGUGGUUCAUCGAGUGCCAUGAUGCAACUGGUUCCUUUCCUGACUAUCCCGAUGAGGAAGACGGUGGUUCUGCCCUCAUAUUUGCUGAGAAAACACCAGAGCAGAUGAUGAAAGAGUUGGCGGCUCAAGAAGAGGAGGAAGCCAACAAAAAGCCAAAAGGAAAAGAAGAACCAAGUAAAAAAGGGAAGGAAAAAGGGAAGGAAGGAGAGGAGGAAGAAGAACCCGGAUUAAAGCUGCUGCCGUCUGCGUUUCUAUCAGAGCUUCAGAACGACCACAAAACAUUUACAGACGUCUGGCAGAAUCGAGACGAGUCCAAGAACUUCAACCAAAGACAUGAAACAGAACUCAUCAAAGAGGAGAAGAGGAAGGAGAUCGAGGCAGAAAUACGACUGCAGGUGGACGAGCUGAUGAGGCAGGAACUCGCUAACUGGAAGUUGGCGAUGGAUGGAGAUAAAGGUGGCAAAGGCAAGGCUUCAGGAAAGAAAAAGAAAACAUCCAAGAGUGCAAAGAAGAAAAAGAAAGACAAAGACCUCACAGCCGAUAGGAGUGUUGAGACUCUGUAUGAGGAGCUGGUGGAGAAGGGACUGUUAAAACCAGCAGACGACGUUAAACUACAGGAUUAUCUCGGUGAUUACAGCUACCUCGGAACUACUUUGCGGCAGACAGACAUCGAGCCCAUGCCCUCAUUAUCAGAUGUACGCCAGGUUCUGGCUCUGUACGCUGUUUUACCACUGGGUUCCCAGGUGCUCCAUGAGAAGACCCCUCUGGUGAAGGCCAUCCUGCUGGUGGGACCCUCAGGCGUAGGGAAGAAGAUGCUGGUUCACGCGAUCUGUCAGGAAACGGGAGCAAACUUGUUUGAUCUGUCUCCUUUAAACCUGGCUGGGAAAUAUCCAGGCAAGAGCGGCCUCCAGAUGAUGCUGCACAUGGUGUUUAAGGUUGCCAGAUUGCUGCAGCCCUCCGUGGUGUGGAUCGGAGAUGCCGAAAAAAUGUUCUACAAGAAAGUACCGAAAGAGGAAAAAGAGUUAGAUCCGAAGCGGCUGAAAAAAGAUUUGCCCAAAAUCCUUAAAUCUAUUAAAAGUGAAGAUCGAGUUCUAAUCGUGGGAACGACGGACAAUCCACUGAGCGCCGACCUGAAAGCACUGAGCAAGAUUUACACCAAGAUCGUCCUCAUACCUCGUCCAGACUACGCCUCCAGAUACGUGAUGUGGAAGGAGCUGAUCAGGCGUAACGACGGCGACGUCUCCAGCGCUUUGGACCUCAGCUCCCUGGCUAAGAUCACAGACGGGUACACGCAGGGUCACAUGGUGCGCGUGGUGAGGGGGAUCCUGACCGAGCGGCGGGUUCAACUGCUUCUGAAACAGCCUCUGAUCGCGGCCGAGUUCGUCUCGCAUCUCGCCAGGAUCGAGCCGGUGUUCCAGGAUGAAGAGGAGAAUCUUAAAAGCUGGUAUUCUAAGACCCCUCUGGGUAAGAAGAGGGCGAGAGCUGCAUUAGGGAUGGACGGAGAGUCCGAGGUCCCGACGAAAGAAGCCAAAGACAAAAAGAAGAAAGGAAAGAAGUAACUCGGACACUCGGACGGAGACGCAUCACAUUCCUCGGUGCUCGGUGGUCAAAAAUAAAUGUGAUUGUUUUGGCUGUGCAUCAUCCGGAGGUGCGAGGUCGUUCCUCUCGGGAGGGAUUCUAGAUUUAUGUCGAUAUUUAUUACACAGACACCCUGGAGCUAUCAGAUGAACACAGUGGGUACAUUUUAGGUCUCCUGCACUGAUCUGGGAAUAAUAAUAAUCACAUUAUUACUCUGUAAAGUCCUGGUCACUCUAAAUGUUCGGAUUCUCUGCCUAGAAGUGUGUUCGUUUUAUUUGGUUUUGCAGCGACGAGUGCAAAUAAAAGUUCCUCACAAAUGUUA